AUGGAUACCGCAGUACUAUUACAAUGUUUUGCAUCCACCUUACACCAAGAUUUAACCACUAGAUCAAACGCUGAACAACAAUUAAAACAAAUCAGUAAAAUUCCAGGAUUUUUGGGGUCCUGUCUCGAUAUUAUCGGAUCAGGUACUGAGAUCCCUGAGAGUAUCAAACUGGCUGCAUCAUUAUACUUUAAAAAUAAAAUUCUUUACGGCUGGACUGGCUCUAAUCUUUCUAAAAAUGAACUGUUGUCUUUUACUGUCGAUAAUGACGAAAAGCCUAUCGUUAAAGACAUGUUUAUUGAAGCUUUAGUUUCAUGUUCUAAUGUGGCCCCAAAUUGCCUUAGAUUGUUACAACCAGCUUUGAACUUGAUUGUUUCUGUGGAAUACCCACAUAAAAAAUGGGACAAUAUUUUACCAAUCUCCAUUGAAUUGCUAAAUAGCAACAAUUUAAAUUCCAUGUACGUUGGUUUAUUGUGUCUAUCUGAAAUUCUAAGAACUUACAGAUGGAUUGAAAAUGAUUCACGACAAAGUUUAGACACCAUAAUCCAUAAUUACUUUGACAGUUUAUUAGACUUGGGAAAUAAUUUGUUUCAAAGUGACAGUAAUAUGGAAGAUCCUAAAAUCGGCGAAAUGUGUAAAUUAAUUUUAAAGUGUUUUAAAUUUGUCACAUACAUGGACCUGCCAUUUACUCUACAAAGACCUGAAAAUUUCAUUCCAUGGGCAAAUUUCCACGUAUCUAUAAUUCAAGCUCCUGUCAGUAUGGAUUUUUUGGAAAAAAGUAAGACUGAUCUUCGAUCUAGAAGUAGUUAUCCAUGGUUUAAAGCCAAGAAGUGGGCAUAUUCUAAUUUAGGUAGAUUGUUUGAAAGGUAUGCUUCUAGAAGUUUAACCAAGAAAUUCAGUUAUGAAGAUUUUAGACGAUUAUACACCAAAGACUUUUUACCACAUUUAUUAAACUUAUACUUCCAACAACUUGAGCAAUGGCAUAACAAGGCUUUGUGGUUAAGCAAUGAGUCCUUAUUUUAUAUUUUAGGGUUUAUUGAGCAUUGUGUCUGCCAAAAAUCUACUUGGCCACUUGUUAAACCACAUUAUCACAUUUUACUAGAGACUAUUAUUGCUUCUAUAUUAUGUCCAAGUGAAGAAAUUUUAGAAGUUUUUGAAAACGACCCGCAAGAAUACAUUCAUAGAUAUUUAGAAGUUUGGAACGAUGACUAUUCCCCCGAUCUAUCCGCUAUUUCUUUAUUAACCACUGUUGUUUCGAAAAAACCUAAAACAACUUUACAACCGACUUUAGAGUUUGUCACCAAUACUUUGAAUGAAAACUUUGGAUCAUGUUCUUCCAAUGGGGAUAUAAGUACUUUGCCUUUAAUAAACGCAGUCCAAAUUGAAUCCUGUUUCAGAAUUUUUUCCACAAUUGUUCAUCAAUUAACCUCUAAAAACUCACCAUACUUGGAUCAAAUUGAAAUUUUCUUACCAAAUUUUGUAUUCCCUUUAUUCCAAAGUAAACAUGGCUUUUUAAGAGCUCGUGUAUGUGAAAUUGUUAGUAAGCUUAAUGAAAUGAAUUUUGGUAGAGAAGCGACGCUGACAACUAUUUUCCAUGGUAUUUUAGUCUGUUUUAAUGAGUCCGAUGAUGAUAGCGUUCCGGUGACUCUUUUGUCCGCUUUAGCGAUACAAGCGUAUCUUCCAAAUGAGCAAUUCCAACAAAUUUUAUCCACUAUGGUUUUACCCAUCAUGCAGAAAUUAUUGAAGAUUUCUAAUGAAGUUGAAAACGAUAGCAUUGGCGGUGUUUUGCAGGAGUUUGUUGAAUCUUUUGCGGAACAAUUACAGCCUUUUGGUGUUGAGUUAAUGAACAAUUUAGUUCAACAGUUUUUAAAGUUGGCUAUAGAGUUGAAUGAUGCUGCAAAUUUCGAUAUUGCAAAAGUAGAUCCUUCUGAAUUGCCCGUUGAUAGCAAUAAACAGAUGACGGCGUUGAGUAUUUUAUCUACAAUAAUUUCUAUUUUGUUGUCCUUUGAAAACUCUAAAGAGAUAGUCAAAAAUUUGGAACAAUCGUUUUACCCAGCUGCUGAAUUUAUCUUGCAAAACAAUAUGGAGGAUUUCUACAGAGAAGUUUGUGAAUUUUUUGAAAAUUCUUGUUUUUUAAUACGUGACAUCACUCCAAUUUCAUGGAAAGUUUUGGAAUUGAUAGGGCAAAAUAAUAGGCAAGAAGGUAGUACUGUCAGUUUUUACUUGGAAGAUUUUAUGUUGGCAUUAAACAACUAUUUAGUUUUUGGACAAGAAGAAUUAAAAAAAAAUAAUUUUUAUUCGGAAAUUCUUUUUAAGAUAUAUGAAAGAGCAAUGGAUAAUGAAGAUAUUGAUUUCGAUGAAGUUAGUACUGUUUAUGAUUUAGCUACUAAAAUUAUGAUUUCUUUAAAUCAAAGCGUUCCUCCCAUUUACUAUGAGAAAUUUUUAACUGAUGCUGUGCAAUCUAUAAAAAAUGAAGAAAAUGAAUUAAGCAAAAGAAUUAUUUUCGGUGUUAAUGCAUUUAGUGUUAUUUUGUCGUGUCUUGUUAAUUUCACUGUGACUACUCUACAAUAUUUGGAAAACCAAAAUAUAUUAAAAUUAUUUUUAGAGACUUGGUUUACGGUUUACAUUCCGAAAUAUACUAGAGUAUUCGAUGUGAAGUUGAGCUGCAUGGCUAUUUUUAGAAUGUUGGAUGAUUUUCAAAAUGUCAAUGAAUUUUUUCAAAGUAUUAAUUUAUCUAACUUUAUGCCAGAACUAGGAUCCAAAUUGGUUACAUUGAUGGAACGGUAUCCAUAUGUUUUAAAAGAAUUGGAAAAAAAACGCAAGGAGUUUUCAUUUGACGAACUUGCUGCAGAAAAUACCGAUGACCUUAUACCGUCUUCAUGGGAUGACCAAGCCUUUGAAGAUGAGGGAGAAGAAUAUGACGAGGAAAACACAAUUGACAUUACGAGUUCUAGUGAAAAGUAUAUAGAAUUUUUAGAAAAAGAAGCAAGUACUAUGUCUGUUGUUCAUAAUGGAGCCGAAUUAGAGGGAGAAAGUUUUGAUGAUUUGGAAGAAGACCCACUUUCUGCCAAUAUUUUAGAUAAUUUUGAUUUGUAUGGUAAUUUUAAGAGUGUGGUUCAAUCUACACAACCUUAUCAUCAAGUUAUUUUUAGUCAAUUGAAUGAAUCUGACCAAAAAUAUAUUUUAGAUUUAAUGAAUUUAUAG